AUAGGAUCAUGAUCCAUAGGAUCGAUCGCUCGUGUUUCGCGUCACUAGUUGUGUUUUUAUGAUAAAUUUCAACCGAUGGCAAAUCACCCUGUAGCCUAAAGUUUGUACCGUUUGUGAAGUUCACAGGGUGCUUCGGUCCCAUGUUGCGCAUGCUCGAUAUACGUUACACAUACACUUUUCCACAGGGUAAAAUUGAUCCAUAUUCCUCAAUUCCGUCAGCGAUUGUUUAGAUUCACUUGUAUCCUUUAGUCUCCUCCUCUUGUUCUUGUUUUUUCCUCUUCCCGGACCGACUUCUUUAUCAGGCACUUCCCUCUUUCUCUAAUUCAACAGGCAGACAGCCCUGCCGUGAUUAUAAUAAGUUCGUAAUUUCAACCAAUCGUAUAAUAGUGACAAAAAGUUGACACAUGGUGUUGUUAUUAUAAACAACAUAAUAAAGUAGUGCUGGUGAUAUCCUUAUCCUUAAUAUGUGAUUAAAAGUACAAUAUUUCGGUUUAAUUUGUCGUUUACGUGUACUAUGGUGCAUUCGGCUUUCGCUCAGAGUCAUGUCAUGGGAUGUAGGGACACAUCGCCGCUGGGUAUUCCCAAAUCUCCGUCCUUCCACAGCGGUUUAGAUUUGGCCGCAUCUGCCAGCGUGGAUUCCCUAGUAAACGCCUUGCAGAACGGAUGUGAGGAGUCACUGUCCACUCCUGUUGCGACUACGGAAUUAUUCGAACUGGACGAAUCCAGUAGAUGCAUUUUCACCAGGAAGUCGACCUAUAACACCACCAGGUUAAAAAAGGAUGACCCUGAGGACGGCGUCGUUGAUACUGAACAUGAGAAAUCCGCGAAAAGAAUAAUUUCGCAGUUACAGUUGCCAUUGCUGAAAAACUUAGAAGCUGUUGGGGUCAUGCAGUCUUUUGAACAUCUUUCACUUCUAACAGAGGCGGCUCCAGCGGAUAGGGAACAGUUGUUCACCCAAAAGUUGAGGCAGUGUUGUGUCCUUUUUGAUUUUGCGGAUGAUCCACUCUCAGACUUGAAAUGGAAAGAAGUGAAGAGAACUGCCCUUACCGAAAUGGUAGAAUAUGUUAAUCAAAAUAAAGGUGUCCUUACAGAGACUAUUUACGCAGAAGCUGUUAAUAUGUUUGCUAUAAAUUUAUUUCGCACAUUACCUCCAUCUUCUAAUCCGAACGGUGCAGAAUUUGAUCCUGAGGAAGAUGAGCCAACGCUAGAAGCAGCCUGGCCCCAUUUACAACUAGUGUACGAACUUUUCCUGCGAGUCUUGGAAGUUCCAGACUUUCAACCAAGCAUUGCGAAAAAAUACAUUGAUCACAAGUUCGUCCUCAAUUUAUUGGAACUUUUCGAUUCGGAAGACCCCCGGGAACGGGAUCUUCUGAAAAUGACGCUGCAUAGAAUAUACGGGAAAUUCCUAGGUUUACGUGCGUUCAUACGUAAACAAAUAAACAACGUAUUUUAUAGGUUUAUUUACGAAACAGAGCACCAUAAUGGGAUCGCGGAACUACUAGAAAUUCUAGGGUCUAUCAUAAACGGUUUCGCGUUGCCAUUGAAAGAAGAACACAAAGUAUUUUUGUUGAGAGUAUUAAUGCCAUUGCACAAAGUCAAGUCCCUUUCAGUCUACCAUCCCCAGCUAGCUUAUUGUGUGGUUCAAUUUUUGGAAAAGGAUCCUUCGCUCACACAACCUGUUAUACGUAGUUUAUUAAAAUAUUGGCCAAAAACUCACAGUCCUAAAGAAGUCAUGUUCCUAAACGAACUCGAAGAAAUAUUGGACGUUAUAGAACCUGCGGAGUUCCAAAAGGUCAUGAUACCGCUCUUUAAACAGUUGUCGAAGUGUGUCAGUUCACCACAUUUCCAGGUGGCCGAAAGAGCACUUUAUUAUUGGAAUAACGAGUACGUUAUGUCCCUGGUUGCAGAGAAUGCUACAGAAAUAAUGCCCAUAAUGUUCUCCAGUUUGUAUCGUAGCUCUAAAACGCAUUGGAACAAAACGAUUCACGGUCUUAUCUAUAACGCUCUCAAACUCUUUAUGGAAAUCAAUCAAAGACUGUUUGAUGAAUGUGCUCAACAGUAUAAACACGAAAAGCAAAAAGAAAAAGAAAUUCAACAUCAAAGGGAGAAUCUAUGGCAAAAGGUGGAGUCCAUAGCUGCAAAAAAUCCCGGAUAUGAAGUCGUCAAGUCCACUGUCGACCCUUUGCCCAAUAAUUUGAGCAGUAGUCCCGAACAAGAUGAUGUUGUUAUAAUAGAUAGAUUGGACAGGGAGGUACAUGAGGUGCAUAAGAUAAAUAAUGUAAAUAAACAGUUCGUGCGUCGCAAAUCGGACUUACCUCAAGAUCAGUACACUGUUAAAGCCUUGACUGAUCAUAAAAGAGCUGAAGAGUACCUUGUUACGCCGCCUGAUGUCAAUAAGUGCUAGUCGUGUUAUUAUUAAUUAAUGAUUACUAUUAUUACGCCUAUUUUUAUAUCUGUAUGAAAACAUAAUAUUAGUGCCACACAUAAAAUACACGCAAAAAACACAGCCCUUCAUGUUUAGAAAAAAAUAAAACCCGCGAGAAUCGUGAUUUGUUUGCAUAUUGUGAUUUUUUUAU